GGGGAAUGGGGGAAUUACAGCUACCCUGUUUGGUACAAUCAUAUCACGAAGACGCCCUGGCAUCCCGCUCGUUCCUCCCACUCGACGCGCAUAGAAAAUGCUUUACCCGGGAAUGAAGUUCCGCAUUUAUGAGAUGGCUUCUCUGCCCUCUUCUGCAGCUCCCUCUCCAACGAGCACGCCAAUUCCUCUGCAAUGGAGCUCCCGGCCGGUGUCAACCGCAGAUACGCCUCUUUGGCAGGUUUCUUGCUCCUCGCGAUAUGGUGCUGGGUAGCUUUCGAUCGACCCUACACCUUUCCCAGUCAUGUGCCGUGGAACAUCUACUCAGGCACCCCUCAAGCGCGGCCUGCGCUCGAUGUUUUCGACUAUCCUCCCCUCGACUCCUCUGCGAUGAAGCGUGUCUGCUCGAGGACACAAUGGAAUCAGAGUGUGACGUUUAUAUGCGACGAUUCGUCUGGUGGUGUUGCGGAGGUUCGAAAUUCUAUACUGAAUUGUGUGCGUUACACAAUUGCGGCAGGAGGAAGUCUUGUUGUGCCUAGGAUCACCGUGGGCGAGGCAUACGAGGAGUAUUUUGGGAGCAAUACAACGGAACUCGAUUAUAUGUUUGAAACGGACCACUUUAUCAACUCCCUCAUGGCUUCAUGCCCUCAAAUGCGAAUCUAUAAAGCUGCCUCGACCAUUGCGAAUAGGCAGUAUGCCUACGGACCUAUAACACUCGUUCCUGAGAGCCUCACAAAACAACUCACCAAGACUAGCUUUCAACAGGCAGGACAAUGGAGCGCAUUGUUCUACAACUGGCUUUUACAGUACGUUGCCCUUGAUAACCAGGGCCCGAUUAUCGUCCGACUUGGACGGUCAUACCUCGAGUAUCCAAUUUAUGGCGACGAUGAUAACUUCGUACUGCAUUUCGGGAAGAUCCUCAAAGUUCGUCGAGAUAUUCGGAUACUGGCAACUACCGCCCUUCGCACAUUAUCCUACUUCUACAAUCUCCCGCUUCGUCUGUCAAAACCGAUAUUGAAGAAGGCAUUCCUCGGGGUAUAUUUAAGCACAGAUGAGGAGGGCCUUCAAAAAGCAGACCAGAAGAAUGCACGCUAUCAAGUACAAUCCCAGCACUAUCUGAACCAAGCGUUGUCGGCCAACUUGUCUCUCAUUUAUGCUGCAUCUGAAGUUGGCCACGACAUCUUAGAAUUCAUAAAAGAUGGCAGCCUUCAGAACAUCACGGUCACCACUAAGCUCGAUCUCUUGAAAGGCCAAGAUAGAGAGCAUUUGCUGGAUACGUUUACACCAGAUCAGCAAGCCAUCGUGGAUUUCUUGGUUUUUUCGAAGGCGUCUGAGUUCGCUGGUGUGGGGCAUUCGGGUAUGGCUUGGAAUCUGGCGUUGGCGAGGCAUUUUUACACAGCGCAGAAAAAUGACGAAUUGGAUGGGCCACAGAUGUUUGGGGAUGCUUUGAGUCGGAUUUAUGGCGCUCGGGGAGGACAUCCCGAGUUCCCAACUUCAAUGUGGCCUUGAAGCGGAAGGGAAAUCUAUCGACCAAGAAAUUGGACGCGGAGGCAAUUAUCGAAGAGGCAGAGCUCAUCAUUUCCCUCGCCUCUGGGCACUACCAAGCACGUAUAUGUCGACGUGGAACGUGUAGAGAUUUGAUGCUCGCGGGCAGCUUUGUGUGACCGCUUAUCACGAUUUACGACCCUUCAAGACGAGAAAUCGAAUGUCAAGGACAAUCGUCUUCAUGACGGAAGCUUCAGAGUCCAGAACAACCGAGAGUAACUGAAAUGUCCAUCUGUCGCGGGUGCUGCACGCGUAAUGUUAAAUCCUUGAAAAUCUUAUCAAAGUCUAAGCUGCG